UGUCAAUUAGUACUUGCCAAGAAGCAAACCAAAAACAGACAGCUAAAUUCUUCCACAACAAUGGCCCCUACUAGAUCAACAGGAAUUUUUCUUUGUCUCCUGAUUAUAAUUAUGGAUGUUGCAGCUGGGAUUCUUGGCAUAGAGGCUGAAAUUGCACAAAACAAGGUUCAGCACUUAAAAUUGUGGCUAUUCGAGUGUAGAGACCCAAGUCAGAAGGCCUUUCAAAUGGGGUUGGCUGCAGCCAUACUUUUGGGGCUAGCCCAUGCUAUAGUCUGUUUAAUGGGUGGCUUAAGUUGCCUUUGUUCUCAACAAGGGAUUAAUAGGGCUUCUUCAAACAAGCAAAUUUCCAUGCUUUGCCUUGUUUUAGCAUGGAUUGCAUUGGCUGUUGGAAUGAUCUUGCUGGUGAUAGGGACAAAAUCAAACCACGGUUCAAACGGUUCUUGUGGAUUCUCACACCAUCACUUCUUGUCCAUUGGUGGCAUUUCUUGUUUUGUUCAUGGCCUGUUCUCAGUUUUAUAUUACGGUUCUGCCACCGCCACAUUUAAUUAAGUAGUGUGUAAGAUAAUUUCUCGAGUGCUUUAUUGCUUUUGAUGAGAGUUUGUUUAUCUCUCUCUCUAUAUAUGGCAAAUGUGUCCAAGCCAUUCAUACUAGGAAAAGAAAAGAUGCAAACUUUUUAGGUAUCUUGUAUGUCUUUCGCUAUUAAAUUCAUUUUUAGUUAUUAAUUCGUUCUUUUAUAUCCAAUGAAUUUGUUGUAAUUGUAGCAAAGAGAUUAAGUAAAA